AUGAAAGAGCAAAUAAAGAAAAUAGUUGACAAAUAUCACAAGCCGGAGAGUACAAGUUUUUGUCAUUAUGUUAUAAAAGAGAACAAAAUAUACAGAGAUUGUUAUGGCAAGCAUGUAGGGUUCAAUAUGUUUGCAGACAACAUCCUAUUAUCAUUGUCUAGGAAAACGGUACUGCCUGAUAUGGAAAUGGUUAUAAAUUUGGGUGACUGGCCACUCAUACAUAAAAACAGUGAAAAACUAGCAAUGUUUUCAUGGUGUGGUAGCGAUGACACUCUCGAUAUUGUGAUGCCCACAUAUGAUAUCACUGAAUCUACUUUAGAGAAUUUAGGAAGAGUUACGUUAGACACCUUGUCAGUUCAAGGAAAUGUUGAACGUAAAUGGGAUGAUAGAGAACCUCGUGCUAUCUGGCGUGGACGGGAUUCACGCGCUGAAAGAUUGAAGCUAAUUGACAUUGCCCGCGAAAAUCCCGACCUCAUCAACGCAUCACUCACCAACUUUUUCUUCUUUAGAGAAAAAGAAGCGAAAUAUGGACCUAAAGUGCCACAUAUUUCGUUCUUUAAAUUUUUUGAUUAUAAGUAUCAAAUAAAUGUGGAUGGAACAGUAGCUGCAUAUAGAUUCCCAUAUCUUCUGGCCGGAGGGGGAUUAGUUUUUAAACAGGAUUCCUCUUACUACGAACAUUUUUAUAGUAAAUUAAACCAAUGGAAACAUUACGUGCCAGUUAAAAGUGAUCUUUCAGAUCUAGUAGAAAAAAUCAAAUGGGCCAAGAAUCACGAUACGGAGGCAGUUGCUAUUGCUAGAAAUGCAAGGGAUUUUGCAAACGACAAUUUAUUACCACUACAUAUUAUUUGCUACCACGCCGUUCUGUUUUCAGAAUGGAGUAAACGAAUUAUCGAUGGAGUGCAAGUCCGUGAAGGAAUGACACAUGUACCACAAGCAGAUUUUGAAUGUGACUGUGAAUCGAACAAAGGAAUUAUACAUGAGGAUUUUCUUAGUGAUAACUAA